ACCCCCAUAUUUAUUUAUUUACUUAACGUGUUUGCGCUCUCUCUCUCUCUCUCUCUUUCUCUCUCUCUGGGGGGGCGGGGGCUUGCUCGCAUGUGGAGGACCAGGGAGGGCUCCCUGUAACCUUAUUUUCUCAACCUCCAAAUUCAAGACCCCAAGCAGAGGGCCUGGGAAGACUCAAUGGAUUUGGGGAAAGGACCGGAGCCGGUAAGUGCCCCCACUGGGAGCUGUCCAGAAAGCAGUUAGGAAGCUGGCAAACGGCCAGCAAGAGUCACAAGACGAGUCAAGCCGGCAGCGGCUUCCGGAGGAGGACUCUGGACAGAACAGCGGUCCCACAGGUUGGUCGGGAGGACUCCACUGGGGCAUGGCUGCGUUGGCUCAGAUUUGACUUUAAGCGGGAACAGCGGGCUGUGUGGAAUAUCUCCGGGAGGCGGAAGCGCGCGCAAAGGCUGCACCCUAGGGAAGGGGAAUCAGGAGACCGGGGCUUGCGGCGUGCACUGUCAGUAAGGCAGGACACCGUGAUCCGGGAGCAGCGGGAGACUGAUCCUACUAGAAUUGAGUGCUGGCUGCGUAGACGGGACACAGGGCCCCGUAGAAUCCAGUGAGCAGGCAGCCACCGCUGGAGGAAGCGAGAGAACCGAAGAAUUACAGAGUGGACUUCUCGGAACUCAGGGUAUGAAUAAAGUGGAGCAGAUCAUCUUAUUAGGCAACCGCAUCUAUAAACAGUGUGAAAAGAUGAAAUACUGCCAGAAACAGUGCCAGCGUCUAGGGGAACGUGUGCGUGUCUUGCUACAGCUUCUCCAGAGGCUCCAAGCCCAAGGAAACAAGAACCUGCUGGAUGACAAAACUGGUAUCCUGGGCCGUUUUGAGGAUGUCCUAAAGGAGGUUUGGGAGCAGACAGAAAAGUUCAGCAGUAAGUCCAAUAUUUGGAAGUUUAUAACUGCGGGCAGUGAGAAGAUACUCUUCCAUGAGGUGAAUGAGAAGCUGAGAGAUGUCUGGGAGGAGCUCUUGCUGCUGCUUCAGGUUGAUCAGUGCAGCAAGCAAGCAUCCUGGCAGCAGGAAGAUCGUCAGGAUGCAGAGGAAGACCGAAAUGAAAGUAUGCAAGAUCUCCUGGUGCAGUUGAAAAUUGACAUGGAAGAAAUCAAGGAAACUCUGAAGCAGUGCUCACUAAAACCCAGGCGGGAGAUCCCACAGGAACAAAUCAAGGAGAUUAAGAAGGAACAUCUUGGAGCUCCAUGGACCUUACUGAAGGAAAAUAAACUCAGCAAGCUUUACAGAGGAGAGUAUCACAAAUCUCCAGUCACCAUCAAAGUAUUUAACAACCCGCAGGCCGGAAGUGCUCAAAUAGUGAGGGACACUUUCAACAAUGAGAUCAGAACCAUGAAGAAAUUUGAUUCUCCCAACAUCUUGCGUAUAUUUGGGAUUUGCAUUGAUGAAACAGUGGAGCCCCCCGAGUUCUCCAUUGUGAUGGAGUACUGUGAACUUGGGACGCUGAGGGAACUACUGGAUGAAGAAAAGGACCUCACAAUGAGUGUGCGCAUUCUCCUAGUCCUGGGGGCAGCCAAAGGCUUGUACAGGCUACACCACUCGGAAACACCUCUUCUUCACAGAAACAUCAGCAGCUCCAGCUUCCUGGUAGCUGGAGGCUACCAAGUAAAGCUUGCAGGAUUUGAAUUAAGCAAAACACAGACUUCCAUCAGUCGGAAGACAAAGAGCACUAAGGCAGAGAGAUUUAGUUCGACAGCAUAUGUCUCCCCUCAGAGACUGAAAAAUGUGUAUUUGGAGUAUGACCAAAAGGCGGAGAUAUAUAGCUUUGGAAUUGUGCUCUGGGAAAUUGCUACUGGAAAGAUCCCAUUUGAAGGCUGUGAUUCUAACAUGAUCUACAAGCUGGUAGCUGAGGGCCGGAAGCAGGAGCCAGUGGGUGAAGAUUGCCCCGAGUUGCUUCGGAAGAUCAUUGAUGAAUGCCGGGCCCAUGAGCCCUCUGAACGGCCCUUUGUGGAUGGACCCUGUCACUGAAGAAUAACCUGGAGAUCCAAGUCCUCCUCCUGUUCUUUUUGAGGCAAGGAAUCUUGGAGAGACUUGCUGCAUUUAACUGAGUUGUAUAUGCAAACCUAAACCAAAAACUCCUGGGACAAGAAGCUGGAAGAGGGGCAAACUGGGUCUCUGUCUUUCAUAUCUGUUAACAUCAAGUUAUUGCUGGGUGCAAAUUUCUUUUCUUUUCUUUCUUUCUUUUUUUUUUUUAAGAUGGGGUCUCUUCAUGUAGCCCCUGCUAGCCUGGAACUCGCUAUGUAGAACAGACUUGCUAUGCAAAUAAAAUAGGGCUCAAACUUAAAGCAAUUUCCCAGUUUUGCCUCCCAAAUGCUGGGAUUAAGGAACUAGCCCACCACACCUGGCAAAGUUCUUAAGUUCUUAUUUAUUACAGAUAGAAAACAAUUUCAUGGGGAUGGAUAGAUGGCUUAUUGGUGAAGAACACUGGCUGCUCUUCCAGAGGACCCAGGUUCAAUUCCCAUCAACAACAUGCAGCUCACAACUGUCUGUAACUUCUGUUCCAGGGGGUCCAACACCCUCAUACAGACACACAUGUGGGCAAAACACCAAAUGUCCAUAAAAUAAAAACGAAUUAUGCAGUAAAAGAUAUUUUAAAAGUGAACAAUUCCAGUCCAGUGUGGUAGUACAUGCCUUUAAUCUCAGCAUUUGGAAAGCACAGGCAUGCUGGUGUCCUUUUUAAAAAAACUCUUUUUAUUUACACUAUUAAUAUCUCUUUCUCCCUACUCCACCCCAACAUCAGGUAGGGAGGGGGGGCGCUGUUCUCUUAGCUGCUUCCUGCUGGUCAGGGUCAUCAGGUCCCUCGAGCCAGUCCAAUCCUCAUUUCAGAGAUCUUCAACUUCUGUCUUGCAAAAGCACCCAGGAGCAGCAAGGAGGAAGUAGGAGCAGCCUUGUUCUUUCUUGGUGCCUCAAUAUUCUCUGGACUCCGGCAUUUAUUCUCUCUCUAGAAUCCUCAGAUAUAAACUAUCUGUAGCUGGCAAAGAGGCAAAUAGUUUGCUGCUGUGGACCAUCUGAAUCAGUCCCAUAUCCCACACCUGGGAUUAAAACGAAACUGGGUUUGUAGCCACAACAGAGGCAGGCAGAUCUCUGAGGCCAGCCUGAUCUAUAUAGCAAAUUCCAGGACAUCAAGGACUACAUAACGAGACUUGUCUCCAAAACAACAACAAAAACAAAAGACCCAACGCCAACCAUAAAGAACUCCCAGUAAAUGUAAAAUAUAUUUUUAACACUAACUGCAGAUUAUUUGCAAAACUUGACAAAUGGUUUUGUGUCCACAUCUCUUUUUGUGAUUUGACGGCUCCUAUCAAGAAAUGGUUUCUGUUUCUCCAGCAUUUGAGUCUGAGCUGGCAUGAUGGCUUGAUCGUAUCAAGAGGAUGUGGAAAAAGUAGCAGUGGACCACCACCAAGCCUAGGCUCCAAAAGCCUUUAAAAUGUUUAAUCCUCUUCUUAAAACAGUGCCCUUCCAUGAGCAAGGCAUGUUGGAAGAUGAGGAUCUACACGGAACAGAGGCAAAAGGUUCCAUCUGAGUUCAUGCUAGGCCAGCGAACCUGGCAAUUGAUCCAGUUGCAUGAGUGAGCCCAGUUAAUACUAAAGAACUGCCCAGCUGAGCCCACCUCACUACCAUGUCACAAAAACAUGAGCUCAAUAAAUAUAUUCCUGUCUUAA